GUAGCUCGCGUUCGUCCAACUUAGCCAACACAUGCGCUCGAUCGGCCUCUCCACUGUUUGUCCGGAUUACCUGCAAUACAAACAACUCCCUCCUUUCUCCCUCGCCAUGCCAGCCGCGCCAGCGCUAGAGACUAGGAGAUAAGCCAAGCUAGCCGCUCUUCCGGUCGUCUCCACUCCACUCCCCUUCUUCUUCUUCUUCCAUGACAAUGGGUUCCUCCGGAGGCAUCCGCUUCCGCAGCCUUGUCUUGCUGCUCGUCGCGUACCUCGGCGGCACGCGCGCUCGGGAGGCGCCGCUGCCGUUGCCGUCUGCCAGUGCCAGGACCGCGGGAGUUGCCAACAGGCGGGCGCCGGAGCGGCACGGGCUGUCGCUGGACUUCUACGGCAAGACGUGCCCUGCGGUCGACCACAUCGUCGCCAACGUGACCACCGAGCGGUUCCGCGACCACCCGGCUGCCGGGCCCGCCGUGCUCCGCCUCUUCCACCACGACUGCUUCGUGGAAGGCUGCGACGCGUCCAUACUGAUCGCGCCGGCAGGCAAGGCGGCAGGCGAGAAGGUGGAGAGGGACAUGGAGGAGAACAGGAACCUGCCGCAGUACGGGUUCGAAACGGUGGAGAUGGCCAAGGCCGCCGUGGAGAGCAAGUGCCCCGGCGUCGUCAGCUGCGCCGACAUCCUCGCCCUCGCCGCCCGAGACGCCGUGCAGCUGGCAGGAGGGCCCUACUACGCGGUGAAGAAAGGAAGGAAAGACAGCAAGGUGUCCCUGGCUGGCAAGGUGCGCGGCAGCCUCCCCCACGCCAACUCCACGGUGGACGAGCUCCUCCGCGUGUUCGCAGCCAAGGGCCUGGGGGCCGCCGACCUGGUGGCACUGUCCGGCGCGCACACCAUCGGCUUCGCGCACUGCGCCCAUUUCCUGGGCCGCCUCUACGACUUCCGCGGCACCCGGCGGCCGGACCCCUUCAUGGACGCGCGGCUCGUGAAGGCGCUGCGCAUGACCUGCCCCUACACCGGCGGCAGCGCCCGCGCGGUGGUGCCGUUCGACGUGAGCACGCCCUUCCAGUUCGACCACGCCUACUACGCCAACCUGCAGGCCAGGCUGGGCGUCCUGGGCUCCGACCAGGCCCUGUUCCUGGACGCGCGGACCAGGCCGCUCGUGCUGGAGCUCGGCGCCGACAAGGCCCGCUUCUUCCGGGCCUUCGUCGCCAGCAUGGACAGGAUGGGCUCCAUCCGGGUCAAGAAGGGCAAGAAGGGGGAGGUCAGGAAAAUCUGUAGCCACCACCUGUAGAUGAUGGUCGGUUGUUAUUAUUAUACGGGAAUUGAUAAGCUCAUCUCAGAUCUGUUCACGGCUACACGCGGAGUUUGCACAGAGCUCACAAGGGAUUUCGUUCCUCUUUUCUUGUGUGUGUCAUCGUAAACGUGAUCCUGAUAGCUAGUGCAGGAAAUAUGUGCAUGUGUGUCUUGUUUUGUUCCCCUCCUUGUGCGUUUCAACAGGCGCACGUCUCCCUGUUAAGUCGGUGGCCUCCUAUUUGUUUGAUACUAUUGUUAACACA